CAAAUGUGGUAGACAUCAUACUAUCAGCCAGCAGGGGUCUGUCGUUAUUGUAGAAACAGAUCAUUCCACGGUCUUGCUGUACAGUUGUCCUACUUCUGAUUUUUCUCCGACGGAGCUGAGCUGAGCUGUUCAAGUUUACUUUACGAAACUUUACGAAUAAAACUCAUCAACAGAAUAGUAAUGGCACAUUUUCAGUUUGAAACCUCCAUCAAUGAGCUAGUUCGACUGAAUGCACCGGUAGGUGGACCGAAACCAAGAUGGCAGAGAAAGCAAGAUGAGAGGACGGGCAGUGACGGGUGUGGAAACAGACUCGCACUUCCACUGUCUCCAUCCACGACCCAUCGAAGGCCGUCUGCUUCCAAGACUCCAAGCAAAUCGCCUCAUAACUCAAAAUCCCCUCUGAAUAGUACGACACCCAAAUGUAAAAGUCCGGUCGCAGAUAGAUUUAUACCAAAUCGUAACAAUAUGGAUAUCGAUAGAAGCCAUUUUUUACUGACACGUGCGCCUGGAGAAGAAAAUGAUGGCGCAUCUCAGAAGGUUCUGCAAAAUGCAUUGAACGAGGGGCAACCACCGGAUUCUAAAAUACUCUCGUUUAAAGAGAAGGCCCCACGGGCCGCUGAAGGUUACCACAAUAGUCUUCGUGUGUUGUAUAGUACCACUGCCACUACAAAUACCACCAAAGCUCAUUCUACUCGCCUUAUACCGACAGUUCCUGAUAGAAUACUCGAUGCUCCCGACCUCCGCAAUGACUUCUAUUUGAAGCUGAUAGAUUGGGGUUCCAAGAACGUUGUGGCCGCUGCUCUAGGGUGUUCAGUCUAUCUAUGGUCUGCGAAUAGUGGCACGAUCUCCCAUCUCUCAGAGGUAAACGAGCCGGACUACAUUUCUGGUGUGUGUUGGUUGCCAGGCUGGAAUGUCUUGGCUGUUGGUAUAUCGAAUGGAACGGUAGAAAUUUGGGAUGUCGAGCUUCAAAAAUGCAUGCGUCGUAUGUCUGGUCACGCGGGUAGAAUUUCGAGCUUGUCUUGGAAUUCAAAUAUACUAUCCAGACAUGAAAAUUUGUCAGAUCUCAAUACACCUCAAUUCAAAAAACAUUAUAACUCUACAUUGAAUUCAAAAAUAACAAUUAGUGAAAUAACAAUGGCAAUUAAAAAACUAAAAAAUAACAAAUCAACAGCUGAAGACGGAAUAGCGAAUGAAAUGCUUAAAUGGCCCUCUGCAAGUGGUAGUAUCCAUAAUCACGAUGUCAGAGUAGCAGAACAUCACGUGGGGUCAUGGGUCAACCACGAACAGGAAGUAUGUGGUCUUGCAUGGAGUCAAUCGGGAGAAUACCUUGCCAGUGGGGGUAACGACAAUAUAAUAAAUAUCUGGGACGCUUCUAAUAUGAGCGGUUCACCACUGUAUUCUUUCUCUCACCAUAUGGCUGCUGUCAAGGCGCUUUCAUGGUGUCCAUGGCAACAGAGCGUUCUUGCCAGUGGGGCUGGCAUUGCAGAUAGAACUAUCCGAUUCUGGAAUGUGAACACGGGGCUCUGCUUAAACACAAUUGACACUGGUUCGCAGGUAUCUGGCAUCUUGUGGUCGCAAGAAUACAAAGAACUUAUAUCUGGACAUGGUUACUCUGCCUAUCACUUGGCUAUAUGGAAAUAUCCAUCUAUGAAAAAAGUCGCUGAUCUCAAAGGUCAUGUGAGCCGAAUUCUGGCAAUGACUCAGUCACCUGACGAGGAGAACGUAAUGACAGCAGGGGCAGACGAAACUUUACAGAUAUGGAAUUGUUUUAAAGCUAAGCAAAAAUUAAACAAGUCCGCGAACGCAAAGACAGUUCCAGAGGCGAAGCUGUCCAUGCUGGCAAGAUCAAUCAGAUGAAACUCGGUGGCGUUUGGGUGAGGAUGUUGUCCUGGUGCCUACAUCCUCCCCAUAUCAAUACUUUUAAUAAUGGGUGUCGUUGAUCGAUGCCGCAUGUCACUAUUAGAUUGUGGAAAGUCGUUGUAAAUUCAAAACCGAUAAUCCAACCCUUGCAUUUAUAUAUUUUUUUCGUCACUGUAUACGUAAUUUUUAUUUUCUAUAUAUUUUAUUUUUAAUUUAUUGACAAUAAAAAUUUUAAGAUUUUA